AUGAAGAAGUUGCUGGAGCUGCUCGAGCCGUACGAGGACUGCUGCGUGUUCCUGCUGCAGCUGCUUGAGGUCACCGGUGAAAUGAGCCGGGAAUACGUGACGACGGUCAUGGCACGCCACGACGCACUCUUGGCCGUCGGUGCCAACGCGGUGGUGCUGGAUCCCAGUGACAAUGCAGACCACCUGCGCCAGAUACUCGACCAGGAGCGGGCUUGGUUCGAGGCGAAUGCGAAGCGUGCAAAUUCGAUGGUCGUUUGCAACGACGACUAUUUCCAGCGUGUGCUGGAGUAUCACCAUGAGCUGCUAUGGGAGAGUGUUCCAAAAUCGCUGAUGCCCAAGUUCGACCCCAUCGAUCGCAACCUCGUUGAGACGGCCAACAGGGUGGGCGACUUCCAGCUGACCAAUCGAUAUAAAACAAGGAACGGCAACGUACUGCUUGCCAGUAAGUGCCAACCCGAUGAAGCUGUCAUCAAGGUCUACGACAAGUCGGACCACGUGUCUGCUGGAGACCUGGAGUGCAUCUAUCGCGAAAUACGCUUCUUGAGGGACGUGCUGAGGCACCCGAACAUCGUCCGUUGCACCCACAUGCUCCAUAGCUUCUCACGGGUGUACUUGUGCCUCGAAUUCGGGGGCAUGCAGAAUUUGCACCGGCGCCUCUUGGACCAGCCAGGAUACCGCCUCGACUUGGAGGAUGCUGUGGAAUGCACAAUGCAGAUAGCAGGAGCGCUGGCCUACUGCCACUCACGGGACGUCGUGCACAGACAGGUCUCUCUGGAGCACAUCAUCUUGGAGGACCAGUCUCACAAGCCAUUCUGCCGCCUGGUGGACUUCCACCAGGCGACGCACUGCCCAGAGUUGACGCCGUCGUCCACGCAGUGCGGAGAACUGCCGUGCAUCGCCCCGGAGGUGGCCCUGGACGAGUCGUACCUCGCCAAGCCUGCGGACUGCUGGAGCCUCGGGGUGGUGCUCCUGGAGGCGGCCGGGGGCUUGGGGUCAAUGAGGCAGGCGGUCGGCUGGCCGGAGGAGGCGGAGCUGGAGCCCGCCGCUAGAAGGAUCAAGAGCUUCUUCUCCACCAGCGGCAGCCACGCUCGCGCACUGGCGGUCAUGGGCGGCGUGCGCAGCGAGGCGGUGCUGGACACGCUGUCCGCACUCCUCACGGUCGAGCCCACGGCUCGGGCGACCAUGGCCGCCAUCACGAAGUCUUCCGCCUAG